AUGUCUCAAUUCAGCCAAUUUUCUGACGCUGGGCCUUCCUCUCUCUAUCAGAGUGAUCCUAUAGACCCCCUUACCGAUAUCGAAUUAGAUGAUAGCUCUUUCAUAGCAGGGAGCUCAUCUUAUCAACGAACUCAAUAUCCUACGCUAUCCUCUGAGUUUACACCUCCUCUUGCUCUUCCUUCUACCCUUGAGCGGUUUGGUUCUGAUCGGAAGAAGUCCUGGGUAAAAUAUACCGAAAUGAAUAAAAACGACUUUGUGAUCUGGUGGUUACAGACUGAGGCUGCGACAACGACAGGAUCACGUCAAAAGAAGAUGCGAUGGGAUACAAAGCACUCCGCUGAGAUCUGGCAGCAUUUUGACCAAGUGGCCAACUAUAUCACCGGCGAGGCAAUGGUUAUGUGCCGAAGAUGUGGAAAAACCAUUCCACACCCAGGGCGAACUGCGAACGGGACUAAUUCUAUGAAUCGCCACUUCAUGGCUGGAACAUGCAUUCAAGCUGCAAAUAAUACAGCAAGGCAGAAGACACUACACCAAUCAAUCGAAUAUAUGGCCGAAAACACAUCACGUUCGAAGCCAUCUUUCAGUGAGGAGCAAUGGAAACGAUGUCAGGUCAGAUUUAUCACUAAAUCAAACCUUCCUUUUCAAAUCCUUGCGCAUGAAGGCCUUGCAGACCUUAUAUCAAUGGCUCGGCUAGCCACGUCAAACCCUACACUCCUUACCCCUCGAACUGCUCGACGUCGUCUUCGAAAGAUCGUGCAAGAAGAUCAGCAUCGUAUCCUAUCAGACCUCCCACCAAAUGCGAAGCUUUCAAUUGCUCUUGAUUGUUGGACAUCUCCCUUUCAACAGGCCUUUAUGGCAAUUACUGGUUACUUCCUCGACCAAAACUGGAAGUACCGGGAGAUCCUUCUUGGCUUUGAACCCUUACAUGGAAAGCACUCCGGUGUUAAUCUAAGCCAGGUUCUAUUCGACUGUCUACAAGAGCAUCAGAUUAUAGAUCGGGUGCUUGCUGUUACGACUGAUAACGCAUCGAAUAACGACACUCUAGUUGGUAGCAUACAGACGUCAAUGCAAGCCCUAGAUCUUCCAAACCAUAUACCAAUUGUCCGAAUUCCUUGCUUAGCGCAUGUUAUCCAACUCAGCCUAAAGGAUCUCCUCACGAUGAUGAAGCUCAACCCAAAGAACGAUGGCAUAGAUCGGCAGUGGUCAGCUGAACAGGAUACGUCCCUGAAACACCUUCGAAAGCGAGGUAUUAUCUAUACUCUUGCAAAAGUCCGUGGCCUAGCUAUAGGUGUCAACGCUAGUUCUCAGCGCCGAGAAGCGUUUUUGAACCUUCAAAGUAAAGAACCAAAGCUUCUCCCUAUCCAGGAUGUCAAAACGCGGUGGAAUUCAACAUUCCUUAUGCUUCAGCGCGCUAAGCGGCUCUCAAAGGCGUAUGAUGAGUACUGCAGUGAGCAUAACUAUCCUCAGUUUAAACUAAACACGGAAGAGUGGCGGCAAGUUGACUACCUUCUUUGUAUCACUCAACCCUUUCAUCAGUGGACCACGGCUAUCUCUAAGAUCAAAGAUGUUACAAUCCAUCAGAUCUUUAGAAUCUACAACAAGCUGUUUGACCAUUUUGACUUUUCCAUCAGCCAACUGAAGCGGAAACGGGUUCCUUGGAAGGCAACUAUGCGUGGGGCGCUCGAAGCAGGCCGUCAAAAGCUCUCUGACUAUUAUAGCCAGACUGACGCUCAUGGUAAUCUCUAUGCAAUUGGCACUAUCCUUGCGCCGCGGUACAAGCUGCAAUUCUUCUCGAAGCGUGAAUGGUCCGAUAACAACUACCAAUGGCGUAAGACCUACCGAGGCUACAUGGAAAAAUACCUCGAGCCCUACCAACAGCGCCAAAAGGAGACAGAGCAGUCACAGUUCAGCCGACCCUCUACCCAGCAGAAGGAUGAUAUUGAACUGCUCUUGGAUGAUGAUAACCCUUCCGAGCCCUCUCAGUCCCAAGAGAAACGGACUGGCCCUGUAUUUGACGAUGAGCUUACACAUUAUCUUAAUAGUGGCACAUUGAACAAGAAUCCCUGUGACUUCUGGCGGGAGCAUGAGCAUCAAUAUCCUACACUCGCAAGCAUGGCACGCGAUGUAUUUACUAUCCCUGCUAGCGGGGCUGGUGUGGAGCGUCUUUUUAACUCUGCUCGCGACGUGUGCCACUAUCGACGGGGUCGUCUUAGCGAGACCGCUAUACAAGACCUUAUGAUGUAUCGCUGUAUCUCCGAAUUUGAUCUUGAUACAACAGAUCUUACAGGUGAAUCCGAUAAGGAGGAAGAGCCUACCGCCGAAGAGAGACAGCAAGCAGCGCUACGAAGAGAGGCAAAACUAGGCCAGUUUACCCCGGUUCCAAUCAGUGACAAUGAAGAGGAUGAGGAUGAAGACGAAGAUGAAGACGAAGAUGAAGAUGAAGCUGAAGGUGAAGAUGAGAGUGAAGAUAAGAUAUAUAAGGUAAACUCCGUUCCUUUCGACGCCUAUAUACCAUCCGCUACAUCCCAACGUAGCCAGCGAGCUCUGGGAAGGAGACGAAAGAGUGUGGAUUCCUAUGGGGAAGAAGAUAAGACUGAACCUCAACUACCCCCUUUGCCACAGGAUAAGGAGGGCUAUAGUCAAAUGCGGACGUCUGGAAGGACAAGGAAACGUCCAAGAAAUUUAGAUGACUACGACGUAACAUACGAAUAA